AGCCAACCUUUCCCCGCCGCUCCACCGAGCGGAUCGAAAAGAUGAGCGCUCCCAGCCAAAUCUCACGUGUCGCGCCACCAUCCCUGCUCGUCUCGCCGAAUUUCACGUGCCGCCACCCCAUUCCUGCCCCCCGCCUUUCCCCUGAGCUCUCAAAUCUUCUUCCUUGGGCGGUCGAAUAUUUUGUCCCCUCAGCUGUCGUCGACUCCAAACUCCCCGCUAACUGUUUCAGUCCAGUCGUUUCCCCUUGACCUGCCUUUGGGGGAUUGGGAGCGCCGUCGGCAAUGGCGGAGCAGCAGGUGGUGGCGGACCUCCGAGAGAAGUCUGCCACGCCGCCGUCGCUGCUGCGCGACGUGGCGGCGGCGAUGGCCGACGAGAUGUGCGCCGGGCUGGAGAUGGAGGGUGGGAGCAGGGUCAAGAUGCUGCUCUCCUACGUUGACAAGCUCCCCACCGGGAGAGAGGAAGGUUUGUUCUAUGGACUGGACCUAGGAGGGACAAACUUCCGUGUCUUGAAGGUACAGCUAGGUGGCAAUGAUAAGCAUGCCAUUAGCUGCGAGUCCAGAGAAGUCGCCAUCCCACCACAUUUGAUGUCAGGGAGCUCCUCUGAAUUGUUUGGUUUCAUUGCUUCUGAAUUAGCCAAGUUUGUGGCUGAUGAAGAGAAGGGUACUAGCUUGUCAAAUGGGAAGACACGGGAACUAGGAUUCACAUUUUCUUUCCCAGUGAGGCAACGGUCUGUUGCAUCGGGUACCCUUGUCAAGUGGACAAAGGCAUUUUCUAUAGAAGAUGCUGUAGGUAAAGAUGUAGUUGCUGAACUGCAAACAGCUAUGCAGAAGCAAGGUCUAGACAUGCAUGUGGCCGCACUAAUUAAUGACGCUGUUGGGACAUUGGCUGGAGCCAGAUACUAUGAUGAAGAUGUCGUCGCAGGUGUGAUAUUUGGCACUGGCACAAAUGCUGCUUAUGUUGAGAAGGCAAAUGCUAUACCAAAAUGGGAAGGAGAGCUGCCUAGUUCAGGACAAAUGGUCAUUAAUAUGGAAUGGGGUAAUUUCUAUUCGUGUCAUCUUCCAGUAACUGAAUAUGAUCAAGCAUUAGAUAAUGAAAGCUUAAAUCCAGGAGAGCAGAUCUACGAGAAGUUAACCUCAGGAAUGUAUUUAGGUGAAAUUGUAAGGAGGGUCUUGCUUAAACUGUCCUUGCAAUCUGCCAUUUUCGGUGAAAUUGACCACACUAAGCUCAAAACUCAUUUCCAUCUCCGGACUCCGCAUAUUUCUGCAAUGCACCAUGACGACACGCCCGAUCUGAAGACAGUGGAAGAAAAACUGAAGGAAAUCCUAGAGAUUGCAGGCACGUCCUUAGAGACGCGGAAAAUGGUUGUUGAAAUCUGCGACAUUGUAGCAAGAAGGGCGGCCCGGCUGGCUGCUGCGGGCCUUGCAGGGAUCCUCAAGAAGCUUGGGAGGGAUGGCUCCGUCGACAAGCGCCGGUCGGUCAUCGCCAUCGACGGAGGACUGUUCGAACACUACUCCAAGUUCAGCAAAUGCUUGGAAACUACUCUAAAUGAACUGCUUGGGGAGUCAUCGAAGUUCAUAGUCGUCAAGCAUGCGGAUGAUGGCUCGGGGAUAGGGGCUGCCCUGAUUGCUGCUUCCCAAUCUCAAUACAGAAAUGUUGAAUAACAGUAGGCAAGCUAGGUUGCCACACAUUUUAUGUCCCCAUUUCAGGGGUGAAGGAUAAACGGCGCCUAAUUCUCCAGCAUGUACACUUAAGAGUUUACCCAUGUUGGAACUGUAAGGGGUCCAUGACCGAAAUGAGGCUUAGAUGAGGUCACCUUGUACAGUUAAAAUAAAAGGGAACCUGAGGACUCAUGAAUCUGCAACUAUCUUUUUAAAUCACAAGUUUUUUUUAAUUAAAA